AUGUCCUGGCCGCAACCCAACUACAACCAGGGCUACGGCGCCCCUCCCCCUCCCCAUGGUGGCGGCUAUGGCGGCUACGCGCCUCCUCCUGGCCCUCCCGGAGGCGGCUACGCUCCUCCGCCCGGCCCGCCGGGAGGCGGUUAUCCAGGCGGACCGUACGGAGCUCCCCCGGGCGCUCCUCCGGCUCACGGGUACGGUGCACCGCCUCCGCAGCCCGGGUAUGGCGCACCGCCGCCCCAUCACGGCCACGGCGGCCACCACCACCACCAGCCUUCGUACCACGCACCCCCUCCCAUGGGCGCGCCCUACGGCGCUCCGAUGGGCGGCGGAUUCUUCUACCUCGGCGUGCCGGUCCCGCCUCCGCCGCCGCACAUGCCCGCCGCCCCGCCGCCGGGCUACAACCCGACCGCCGACGUCGAGCGGAUCCGCAAGGCGACCAAGGGCUUCGGCACCGACGAGGGCGCACUGAUCGCCACCCUGGCACCCAUGGAUGCGAUGCAGGUCGACGCCGUCAGCCGCGCGUUCAAGGCGACGACGGGCAAGGACCUGCUCAAGGUGCUGGAAAAGGAGACGAGCGGCUGGUUUGAGGCGGCGCUGCGGGCCAAGGUGCUCGGCCCCGUCGGCUACGACGUCUGGCUCAUUCACCGUGCCUGCGACGGCGCCGGCACGCACGAAGACAUCCUCAACGAGGUGCUUCUCUGCCGCACCAAUGCCGAGAUGCACGUGCUCAAGCAGGCCUACCAGGCGACGUACGGCAAGAACAUGGAAAAGGUCGUCGAGGACGAGCUCUCGUUCAAGACGAAGCGCAUGUUUACGAUGGCGAUGCAGGGCGUCCGUCAGGACGACAACGCGCCCGUCGACCCGCACAUGGUCGAGGCCGACAUCCGCGACCUGCACUCGGCCGCCCGCGGCGCCGGCACCGACGAGAUCAAGAUCUGCGGCAUCCUCUGCCAGAGGAGCACGCCGCACCUGGCGGCCGUGGCGCACGGCUACGCCCGCCAGCACAAGCGCCCGCUGUCCAAGAUGAUCAACUCGGAAUUCUCGGGCCACAUGGAGGACGCGCUGCGCUUCAUCGUCGACGGCGCCGAGAACGCCCUGGAGCGCGACGCCCGCCUGAUUGAGGACUCGAUGAAGGGCAUGGGCACCAAGGACGAGCGCCUCGUCUACCGAAUCGCGCGCAACCACUGGAACCGGGCCCGGUUCGAAGAGGUCAAGCGGGCCUAUGCGGCAGUCUGCCACAAAAAGGGCCUCAAGCACCGCGUCGAGGGCGAGACGAGCGGCGACUACAAGCGCAUGAUGAGCGCCAUGGUCGGAUCGUGA